AAUGUUUAAGAAUUUGCUGAAGGAAGUGAGAAUAUAUGCACAAAAGUUUAUUGACAGAGGGAAAGAUUUCAACUUGGAACUGGCCAUUAAAACAAGAAUUAUUUCAGAUGGUUUGAAGUAUUCAUUGGCGACUGGAAACUGGGGUGAUCAAAAGAAAGCUCAUCAGGCCAGAGCAGGAGUAUCUCAGGUGUUGAACCGCCUGACUUUUGCAUCAACACUCUCCCAUCUGAGACGCCUGAAUUCUCCAAUUGGUAGAGAUGGUAAACUAGCAAAGCCCAGACAGCUGCACAAUACGCUGUGGGGAAUGGUUUGCCCUGCUGAGACCCCAGAGGGUCAUGCAGUAGGACUUGUGAAGAACUUGGCCCUGAUGGCUUAUAUUUCUGUGGGGUCUCAGCCAUCCCCAAUUUUGGAAUUCUUGGAAGAGUGGAGUAUGGAAAACCUGGAAGAAAUAUCUCCAGCAGCAAUAGCUGAUGCUACCAAGAUCUUUGUUAAUGGCUGCUGGGUAGGAAUACACAAAGAUCCAGAGCAGCUCAUGAAUACCCUAAGGAAGCUCCGUCGUCAGAUGGACAUCAUUGUGUCAGAGGUCUCAAUGAUUAGGGAUAUUCGUGAGCGAGAAAUCCGCAUCUAUACUGAUGCAGGCAGAAUUUGUCGACCACUUUUAAUUGUGGAAAAACAGAAGCUGCUGUUGAAGAAAAGGCAUAUUGACCAGCUGAAGGAACGAGAGUAUAACAAUUACAGUUGGCAGGAUCUCGUGGCCAGUGGUGUAGUAGAGUACAUUGAUACACUGGAAGAAGAGACUGUGAUGCUGGCAAUGACUCCAGAUGACUUGCAGGAGAAAGGUGUGGCAUAUUGUUCAACAUACACGCACUGUGAGAUUCACCCAUCGAUGAUCCUGGGAGUAUGCGCAUCUAUUAUCCCUUUCCCUGAUCACAACCAGUCUCCCAGGAACACCUACCAGUCUGCUAUGGGUAAACAGGCUAUGGGAGUUUACAUUACAAACUUUCACGUCCGUAUGGAUACGCUGGCACAUGUGUUGUAUUAUCCUCAGAAGCCCCUUGUAACAACACGCUCCAUGGAGUACUUGCGAUUUAGAGAGUUACCAGCAGGUAUCAACUCGAUUGUAGCCAUUGCAUCAUACACAGGCUAUAACCAGGAAGACUCUGUCAUCAUGAACCGUUCUGCUGUUGACAGAGGCUUUUUCAGAUCUGUGUUCUACCGCUCAUACAAAGAGCAAGAGUCUAAAAAAGGCUAUGACCAAGAGGAAGUUUUUGAAAAGCCUACACGUGAAACUUGCCAAGGUAUGAGGCAUGCAAUCUAUGACAAACUUGAUGAUGAUGGUUUGAUAGCUCCUGGGGUACGUGUGUCUGGGGACGAUGUCAUCAUCGGCAAAACGGUAACGCUGCCAGAAAACGAAGACGAACUGGAAAGCACCAACAGGCGUUUCACAAAGAGAGACUGUAGCACUUUUCUGCGAACGAGUGAGACUGGCAUUGUAGAUCAGGUCAUGGUAACCCUUAACCAGGAAGGAUACAAGUUCUGCAAGAUAAGGGUACGCUCUGUAAGAAUCCCACAAAUUGGAGAUAAAUUUGCCAGCAGACAUGGUCAGAAAGGAACCUGUGGUAUCCAGUACAGGCAAGAGGAUAUGCCCUUCACCUGUGAAGGCAUCACACCUGAUAUAAUUAUCAACCCUCAUGCCAUCCCUUCCCGUAUGACCAUUGGUCACUUGAUUGAGUGUCUUCAGGGGAAGGUGUCUGCAAACAAGGGAGAAAUUGGUGAUGCUACACCUUUCAAUGAUGCUGUCAAUGUGCAGAAGAUUUCCAAUCUUUUAUCAGAUUAUGGCUAUCAUCUAAGAGGAAAUGAGGUCCUCUACAAUGGCUUUACUGGUCGAAAAAUCACAUCGCAGAUCUUCAUUGGUCCUACAUAUUACCAGCGGUUGAAGCACAUGGUAGAUGACAAAAUCCAUUCUCGUGCAAGAGGGCCAAUCCAGAUACUUAACAGACAGCCCAUGGAAGGCAGAUCUCGUGAUGGUGGCCUUCGUUUUGGAGAAAUGGAACGGGAUUGCCAGAUUGCUCAUGGAGCAGCCCAGUUCUUGAGAGAGAGGUUGUUUGAAGCGUCAGACCCAUACCAAGUCCACGUCUGCAACCUCUGUGGGAUCAUGGCAAUUGCAAACACAAGGACUCACACGUAUGAAUGCCGCGGAUGCCGUAAUAAAACCCAGAUAUCUUUGGUUCGAAUGCCCUAUGCCUGCAAACUCCUCUUCCAAGAACUGAUGUCGAUGAGUAUUGCACCUCGAAUGAUGAGCGUUUAGCCUUUUAAAAGGGCUUUUUAAAAUUUUUUUAUUUUUAAAAUGAGACUGAAGUGCUCGGGUUUUGUUUCAUUUUGUGUAGGUUGAAUUUAAAAUACAGUUUUACUCAUCGGCUAUGUGCUACUCAAAGGUAUGUUUAUUUCCUGUAAAUAGAAAUAAAAAUCAUAGUCAAA